AUGGUGCCGUUAUAUCCAUGGACGCAGUGCGCGCAGCACACACGCGGGAGGUGUGAGGUGACUCAGGACCGUGACCCCGGGACCUGCUACAGGCACGUGCUCAUGACGCACGGGACGAGCCGCGGGCAGGCACUCGAAAUACGCAACCUAAAUAAAGAGUCCAGAGUCCAGUGUGGUCAGGAGACCGGUCCGGAGCCGGUCCGCACCAAGCCGGUCCGCCCCAAGCCGUCCCGCACCACGCCGCCCCGCACCAAGCCGCCCCGCACCAAGCCGCCCCGCACCAAGCCGGUCCGCACCAAGCCGGUCCGCACCAAGCCGCCCCGCACCAAGCCGCCCCGCACCAAGCCGCCCCGCACCAAGCCGCCCCGCACCAAGCCGGUCUGCACCAAGCCGCCCCGCACCAAGCCGGUCCGCACCAAGCCGGUCCGCACCAAGCCGGUCCGCACCAAGCCGGUCCGCACCAAGCCGGUCCGCACCAAGCCGCCCCGCACCACGCCGCCCCGCACCACGCCGCCCCGCACCACGCCGCCCCGCACCAAGCCGCCCCGCACCAAGCCGCCCCGCACCAAGCCGCCCCGCACCAAGCCGCCCCGCACCAAGCCGUCCCGCACCACGCCGCCCCGCACCACGCCGCCCCGCACCACGCCGCCCCGCACCACGCCGCCCCGCACCACGCCGCCCCCGCCCCACCACGCCGCCCCGCACCACGCCGCCCCGCACCAAGCCGUCCCGCACCACGCCGCCCCGCAUCACGCCGCCCCGCACCAAGCCGCAACGCGUCGCUCCACAACGCAUAUGAUGAUAAGAGCUGUUUGGCACCCCAUGUAA